AUGGCCGACGAGAAGACGAGAUCCUCCGGGGACGGCGUUCGCGACGCGUCGCUCCCUACCGUCAACCCCGAUGCCGUGCAGCCUGAGCCCCCGAAGGCUGCUUUCCACCCGGCUGUCUACAUUGCCGUCUGGAUCUCGUUGAGCUCCAGCGUCAUCGUCUUCAACAAAUGGAUUCUAGACACCGCGGGCUUCCGCUUCCCUAUCUUCCUGACCACAUGGCACUUGACCUUCGCGACUUUGAUGACGCAGGGUCUGGCCCGCUUCACCAAUGUCCUGGACUCGAGGAAAAAGGUCCCGAUGAACGGCCGUGUCUACCUGCGCGCCAUCGUCCCCAUUGGUAUCUUCUUCAGCUUGUCCUUGAUCUGCGGUAACCAGGCCUACCUGUACCUCUCUGUCGCUUUCAUUCAGAUGCUCAAGGCCACUACCCCGGUCGCCGUGCUGCUCGCAACUUGGUCCCUCGGUGUUGCUCCACCGAACAUGAAGACCCUCGGCAAUGUCUCGUUCAUCGUCAUUGGUGUCGUCAUUGCCUCUUUCGGUGAAAUCAAGUUCAACAUGGUCGGUUUCCUGUACCAGGCCGGUGGCAUCGUCUUCGAGGCUGUGCGCCUUGUCAUGGUCCAGCGCCUGCUCAGCUCCGCUGAGUUCAAAAUGGACCCGCUCGUUUCGCUCUACUACUACGCUCCUGCUUGCGCCAUCAUGAACGGUGUCGUUUGCAUGUUCUGGGAGCUUCCCCGCCUGGGCAUGAGCGACAUUUACAACCUCGGCAUGUUCACUCUGAUGUGCAACGCGCUGGUCGCUUUCCUCCUCAACGUUUCCGUUGUCUUCCUGAUCGGCAAGACCUCUUCCCUUGUUCUCACCCUCUCCGGUGUGCUGAAGGAUAUCCUGCUCGUUUUCGCCUCCAUGAUCAUCUUCCAGGACCCCGUCUCCGGUCUCCAGGCCUUUGGAUACAGCAUUGCCCUCAGCGGUCUUGUUUACUACAAGCUUGGGGCCGAUAAGCUCAAGGAGUACCUCGGUCAGGGUGGCCGUGCCUGGGCUGAAUACGGCUCCCGCCACCCCGCUCUGCGCAAGCUUAUCGUCUUCGGCCUCGUUAUCUUCAUCGUUUUCGUCCUUCUCGGCGGUCUUGCUCCUCGCUUCGCCCCCGAGUACAACCAGUACGCUAAGGACAAGGUUACGGGCCUUCUGGGCGAGGGUGCUGGUACCGUCCCCGCCGUUCCGAACGGCGCUGCCUAA